AUGGCGCCCAUUGAGUACUUGCUUUUCGAAGAGCCCACGGGCUACGGGAUCUUUAAAGUCAAACUGCAGCAAGAUGACAUCGGAUCUCGGUUGAAGGAAGUGCAGCAGCAGAUCAACGAGUUCGGAUCUUUCACGAAACUGGUGGAACUGGUCUCGUUUGCGCCGUUCAAAGGUGCCGCUCAGGCUUUGGAGAACGCCAAUGACAUUUCCGAGGGUCUGGUCUCUGACUAUUUGAAAGCUGUUUUGGACAUGAACCUGCCAAAGGGCUCCAGCAAAAAGCCUGUGACCUUGGGUAUCUCUGACAAAAACCUGGGACCAUCGAUCAAGGAGUCUUUCCCAUACGUGGACUGCAUGUCGAACGAGUUGGCCCAGGACUUGAUUCGUGGUGUUAGAAUGCACGGCGACAAACUUCUGAAAGACCUACAACAAGGCGAUUUGGAAAGAGCACAGUUGGGUCUUGGCCAUGCCUACUCCAGAGCCAAGGUGAAGUUUUCCGUCCAGAAGAACGACAACCACAUUAUCCAGGCCAUCGCUUUGCUAGACCAGUUAGACAAGGACAUCAACACUUUUGCCAUGCGUGUCAAGGAAUGGUACGGCUGGCAUUUCCCUGAGUUGGCCAAGCUCGUUCCAGACAACUACAAAUUUGCCAAGCUAGUUUUGUUCAUCAAGGACAAAGCUUCUCUAUCGGAUGACUCCGUACACGACCUCGCUGCCAUUUUGGACAACGACGCCGGUAUUGCUGAGCGUGUCAUUGACAACGCCCGUAUCUCGAUGGGUCAAGAUAUCUCCGAAACCGACAUGGAGAACGUUUGCGUUUUCGCUGAAAGAACUGCGUCCCUUGCUGACUACCGCAGGCAGCUAUACGACUACCUGUGCUCCAAGAUGCACACAGUGGCUCCUAACUUGUCUGAACUGAUCGGUGAAGUCAUUGGUGCGAGACUGAUCUCCCACGCUGGUUCUUUGACAAACUUGUCUAAGCAAGCUGCCUCUACCGUUCAAAUUCUAGGUGCCGAAAAGGCUCUUUUCAGAGCGCUAAAGACUAAGGGCAACACUCCAAAGUAUGGUCUUAUCUAUCACAGUGGUUUCAUUGGUAAGGCCGGUGCCAAGAAUAAGGGUAGAAUAUCCAGAUACUUGGCCAACAAGUGCUCCAUGGCCUCCAGAAUUGACAACUACUCUGACGAACCAAGCAAUAUCUUCGGUCAAGUUUUGAAAAAGCAGGUUGAACAAAGAUUAGAGUUUUACAGCACGGGUGCCCCAACCUUGAAGAACGAGUUGGCCAUCCAGGAGGCUCUAGAGCUUUACAACAAGGACAAGCCUGUGGAAGCUGCCAAGGACUCCAAGAAGAGAAAGCUUGAGGCCAGCGACGAGGAGGAAGAUGAGGACGAAGAGGACAAGAAGGUGACCAAGAAGGAAAAGAAGGACAAGAAGGAGAAGAAAGACAAGAAGGAAAAGAAGGAGAAGAAAGAGAAGAAGGAAAAGAAGGACAAGAAGGACAAGAAGGACAAGAAGGACAAGAAGAAAUAG